AUGUGGGUAAUGCUAGUUAGAAAUUCUCAGAAUAUUCAGCAUAGCAUCCUCAAGUUUGUUGCUCAGAGUGACUUAGAAUACACUUUGAAACUUGCUGAAUAUUACCUAUGGCCACCAAAUCUACCCAAAAAUCUAUCUGUGCUAGGGGGAGGGGUAUUUCAACUCAUGAAUGAUCAUAAGUAUAAUGAGUUGUAUGCUGAGGAGCCAGCCAAGUUCAUGCAAGCUGUGUCCAAUUGUUUGACUUAUCUUAGGAACAAGUACAAAAAGCUUCACAGUCACUUCUUGCAGACUGGUGCAGGUGUUGACCCCUCUCAAUCUAAUGCUGGAAACAAUCUACUUGAGCAAGUGAUCUCAGAAUUCCCAUGGUACAAGGCUCUUGACAAGAUAUGGAAAAAUAACCCUGCAUAUGCCCUUAAAAUGUUCUUGUCUGCUUCAGGGGCAGAUCACUCAGGUGGCAUGAUCACACUCAUGUCAAAGCACAAGGGUAAAGAAAAGGCUCCUCCUGAACCUGAAAAUGAACUAAUGGAGAUGUACCCUACCUCCACCAUUAACCCUACCCCCACUAUUUACCCUUCCCCUGCUAUUAACCCUUCCCCCACCAUUGACCCUUUCUCCACUGUUAACCCUUCCCUGCCAUUAACCCUUCCCCCACUAUUCAUCCCUCCCCUGCUAUUUGUCCCCCCUGCCAUUACUUGCCCUACCAUUGAUGGUGAUGACAACAACAUGGGAGAUGGCACACCAUAUGAUUUUGAGUAG